AUACCUGUGGGUACAUGCAGCAUCUACCUGUCUAACCUUACAAUCUCUGUCUGUACAUCUGCAGCGCCCUCUGCCUGGUGACUGAACACGAUCAAAGUCUUCACUACGCGCCUCCCAUGCUUACUGAGAAUGGAUGAAGCACAAGACAUGAUUCAGCUAGGAGAGAACAAGUUCAUCAGCAAAGCAACCAUCCUCUCACAGCUUAAGACGUACAACCUCUACUAUGAAGGACAGAACCUACAGCUAAGGAACAGAGAGGAAGAGGGGGAGCUGAUCGUGGAAGGCCUGCUGAAUAUCUUCUGGGGCCUGCGUCGACCAAUCAGGCUUCAGAUGCAGGAUGACCACGAGCGAAUUCGACCUCCACCUUCCUCUACAUCCUGGCACUCAGGUUGCAAUCUGGACAGUCAAGGUUGCCCAAACAACACAGACGGUCAACAGACAACGCAGCAGCAGAGUCCGCCCACAGUGGAAGUGACGCCACCUGAGAGCCAAAUAGAGGACAACGACAUGACAGAAGAACAGGCAGAAGAAGACAAUGAGAGCUCAGCUCAGCUCCUCAGGACGAAGAGUGACGCCGGGGUUUUAAGACGGGGCCAACGACGGUCACCGAGUGACCAGAGGAAGAUACGACGACAUCGCUUCUCCAUCAAUGGACAUUUCUACAACCAUAAGACAUCUGUUUUCACUCCCGCUUUCGGCUCGGUGACUAAUGUUCGGAUCAACAGCUGCAUGAAAACACCUCAGGUGCUGCGAGUACUUCUCAAUAAGUUUAAAAUUGAAAACAGCCCGGAUGAUUUUGCGCUGUACCUUGUCCAUGCAAGCGGAGAGCGUGUGAAGCUGAAGCGGAGUGACUAUCCUCUGGUGCUGAGAAUAAUACAGGGUCCAUGUGAGCAGGUCUGCAAAGUUUUCCUCAUGGAAGAAGACCUGGGAGAGGAAGUCACAUAUGAUGUGGCGCAGUAUAUCAAGUUUGAGAUGCCUGUCCUGCAGAGUUUCAUCACCAAGCUGAAGGAAGAGGAAGACAGAGAGGUGCAGAAACUCAGAAGAAGGUAUAACUACCUGCGGUGUAUAAUUGAGAAGCAGCUCGGCUGUCUUCCAGAGGGGGCAGCAUGUAUGUGAUCUACUCCAAGAGAGGAUUCCCCUCCACCACGUCAAAAUGUCCAAAUCAUUCACAGAGCAUCAGAUCCUCCAUCCAUCUGUGACCAAGAGACUAAUCAACAAUCAGCUGUCAAGGAACCCAUGUAUGUGAUUCAGCUAUUAUCCAGUUUCUGUUUUGGAUCUUGUCCAAAUCAUCCAGACUACCAACUUACAAACAAAACUUUAACAUGUCCCGUGGUGUGCAUGUUGGUUCCAUCUCAGCGACAUUCCUAUCCUGAUGACGUAAUGAGUCAAAUCUGCCUUUCUUGUCGUCUUCUCUCUGUUCCUCUCUUUCACCACAUACAGUAAACACAGAAAGACAUUCCUCUUCUGUUGCAGUGCUGCGUAAAAUGAGCCUAAAAUGUGACAUCCUGUCUUCAGUUGACCUCUCCAGGCUGAAAACAGAUACUAUAAAGUAUCUGCUUUCAACCAAUAAAUAAAGUGCCUGUUAAAAGGUUUUUUCAAGCACAAAAACACAAACUCUGAAUGCAUUUUUGAAAGUUUUUCACUGUGUAGAAAAGCACAAAAGCUUUAAAAGCCCCACAAUGCACUGGGUGCCUUUACGGUCCCUGCUGUUCAAAAAUCAGUUAAAUUUUGUAAUUGAAGGAAUAAAAUUGACCCCCU